UAGCACUUCCGGGCCAGUGGGAGGUGAGCGCGCUGUCCGCUGUGCGGCCGCCUGCGCUGUCAGCGCCUCCCUGCCGGCACCUCACAGCCCCGAGGUGCCCAUGGCCGCCGCGCACCCAUAGAGUUACUAGGUUCACUACUGGGGAGACCAGUUAAACGGAAGUUUGUCACAGGUUGAAAGGCACGAGGGAAUCAUAGUAGGAAUCCCCGGCUGGGACUGCCUGAGGGAUCAGGAUUGGGAUUCCUGACCUGAAAUUGUCAAGGAAGCCUUCUGACUCGACUUGGAUGAAGGCAGGAAGAAAAAAACCUGCACUUUUUGCCUAGCUGCAUCAGAGUUGCCUGUGUGCAUACAACGUACUCGUCUUUACAGUAACCAUCAAACAGAAAUUAUGAGCUGCAAACCUGCAAAGCAUCUUCUCUAGAAAGAAAGAGACCCUCAUUUUGGAUGAAUGUUCUCACAGUCUAAGAGAUAGAUUUUUGUGAAAAAAGAUCUUAACAUUUUUUGUUUUCAUGAGAGGCAAAAAGGACUCAUGGAACAAGCAUUUUGAAACUGAAGCUUAUACAGCUUGACAGCCCUUGGGCUUUUAUAAUAAACAUCCUCAUGCAAACAGCAUUUUCCAUUUUAUAACUUCAUUAGUUACAGCGAGAUAAUUUCUUGUCGUGAUGGCACUCUUUUCUCAAACUAGUCAACAGGGUUUUCAGGCUUUGCUAUGGAAAUGUCGUAUGUUCUGGCCUGUUUCAAGAUGCCAACAACUGUUUGCUGUCUCUUUCAGCAUCCCCAAUAGGGAAAAGAUGAACUAUUUCAGUUUUGUGACAUCUUCCAGCACUGCAUUACCAGUGGAUCCCAAAGGAACUGAUGUCUUUCCUACCGAGAAAAGGUCUGAAAUUGAUUAUGGAGAAGAAAAAGGAUGGGAUGAAGAGACUAAAGAAAUAUCUGAAGGGAAUUCCUCUGUUGGAGCGCCAAAGAAACCGUUAAUACGUCAAGUUCUGUCAAGACAUAAGUUUACCAAAGUACAGCCUCCAGAAAAACCUUUGCAGGCUGAGGAAUGGAACAGACUGAGAGAAAGCUUUCAAUCACCUGAAAUAUUUGAAGAAGUGAUGUUUAACAGUAUGGUCAGGUGCAACAGCCCCAUUGAUGUGGCUAAGUCCUUGCUGACCCAUGUAGCAAAGAAUAAUGGUGACAUUGCAUAUAAUUUGUUGCUCAAAUAUCUGGCAUUGUGUGUCCAGCAGGGGCAGACUUCAGAAAUUCGUGAUGUGUAUGAUAUAAUGAAAAUCAGAUUUAGGAUUUUAGAAAGUGGGGCUUACAACCUUCUUAUCAAGGGACUGUGUAAUUCCGAUCAAUGGAGAAUGGGCUUGACUCUUUUGGAAGAAGUAAAAAAGAUUAUGAUUCCCUCACGGACAAACUAUGAAUCCUGUAUCAAAGCAGCCAGCCGUCACCAAGAAAUGAAUCUUGCCUUUGAACUUUACCAUGAAAUGUUGUCUAAGGAUUUGGUCCCAACCUUGGAUGUCCUGCAGGCCUUUUUUGACUUCAGCAGGGGUAUGAAAGAUGCUGAGUUACAAAAAGAGCUGUUUGGUGUCCUCUUAUAUUUGAGAGAGAACCAAAUAUACCCUCACAAAACAUUUAUGCGGAGUAUAAAGCUAUGGUUUGAAAGUAUGCCAGGAGGGAACUGGAGAGGACACCUGACCAACAUUAAAGACAGCGGACAGUGCCCAGUUUGCAACCAUCAAUUAGAGGAUAGUGACCUCACCGAAGAGGAGUAUAAUAAUCUCAGAGAAAGAAUAAUAAGGGACGUGAUACAUGGAACGGACACUUUUAGAAAGACAAGUCCACAGGAAUUUGAAGCCUUUCAAACAUUUGUGGAAAAUCGACUUCCGUUUGAUAUUGUUAUUGAUGGACUCAAUGUUUCCCACAUAAAACCCAGAAGGAUGCAGUGUGAAAAUCUAUUUGAUGCUGUCAACUGCCUGGCAAAAGAGAAUGCCCGGUUGCUUGUGCUGGGCCGCAAACACAUGCUGAUUAACUCUUCAAAUUGGAAAAGAGAGGUUAUGAAGGAGAUGCAGAAUAAGGCAGACUUCUUCUUUGCUGAAAAUAUCUCUGAAGAUGAUGCCUUCUUGUUAUAUGCCACUCUUCGAUCAGGCAAGCACUGCAAGUUUGUUACUAGAGACUUCCUCCGGGAUCACAAGGCUUGUCUUUCUGACAGUCUGACGCGUCAUCUGUUCCGUAAGUGGCAGCGUGGACACCAAAUAGUGUUUUCCCCUUCUGCAGGAGGAAAGCAUAUAAAUUUUACGCCUGCUUUCAGUUAUGACUGUGUGGUACAGACUACAGGUGAUACAUGGCAUAUCCCCUAUAAAGACUCUUUUGAGGAAAAAUAUUCAUAUGAAGUACCAAGAAAAUGGCUCUGCAUUCAACAGCAAUGAUGAAGAAUGUAAUUGCACAAGCUGAAGCCGCUUUUUUUUUUUUAAUGACUAUUACUGACUAGGAGAACUCAGCAAUACAAUUAUGGGAUUAAUGUGUGAGGCCUAUAACUAAAGAAAGUUCAGUAACUGCUUUUUGUCAAAAUCAUUCCUGCAGUGAAUCUGUUAACAUCAGUGGUGGUCCAGCAGGGAUGAAUUAGGUCCAUUAUUUCCAUUUUUACAGGCAAUUUCUGUAGCCUCUCAAUGUGAUUUGAAUUAAAACUUGGUUUUCCCUCUUGGCA